CAGCGCGAACGCACCUCAACCGCCACCCGAGGACCCCACGCCCUGCACUUUGAAGUCCUGAGCGGCGCCGGUUUAUUUAUAUCUCCUCUGUCUCAGGUUUAAGAUCCUCCUAGCAGUGCCUCCCGCCCACCCUUUCCGCAAAACGUUUGUUUGUUGAUAGUGGAAGGCGAAGGGGAAGAGGGGGGAGGUGAGUGGGCGGGUCGGAUGCAGCGGGCAGACAGGCAGGCGGCGGGGCUGGGUCCUGGCGGCUGAUGAGGCCGCUGCUGCCGGUUGCCGGGGAGCGGGAGCGGGAGCGGCCGGUGCUGCCGCCACCGCCACCGCCGGGCCCGGGCUCCGUGUCGCUGCUGCUGCCGCCGCCAUUGUCGGGGAAGCCCAGCGCCGCCGGCUCCAUGGACACCGUUCCCAGCGACCGCAUGCGCCUCAUCUUCUGCUUCCUCGCCGUCUUCGUCUGCUACUUCUACUACGGCAUUCUGCAGGAGUCCAUAACAAGAAGCAAAUAUGGAGACCAAGAAGAAUCAUUCGUAUAUGCAAAAUCGCUUGUAUUUGUCCAGUGUGUUAUUAAUGCUAUUUUUGCCAACUAAGUAAUAAUACAAUUAUUUGAAAAGCCAUCAAUUGAACGGACGCCACACUGGCUGUAUGCAGUUUGUUCAAUGUCUUAUUUAGGGGCCAUGGUCUCCAGUAACUCUGCGCUCCAGUAUGUCAACUAUCCAACACAGGUUCUAGGAAAAUCAUGCAAGCCCAUUCCAGUGAUGCUUUUAGGAGUCAUUAUUGGAAGGAAAAGGUACCCCUUGGCCAAGUAUCUUUGUGUGUUGCUCAUAGUUCUGGGAGUGGCUUUAUUUAUGUAUAAACCCAAAAAAGGGACGGACAGUGCAAAUGACCAUAUAUUUGGAUUUGGGGAAAUACUAUUAUUGGCCUCCUUAACUUUGGACGGAUUGACUGGAGUAGCACAAGAACAUAUGAGAGCUAAUUUCCAGACUGGUUCAAACCAGAUGAUGCUAAAUAUUAAUGUUUGGUCCAGUUUGUUGCUGGGAAUAGGAGUACUUUUCACUGGAGAAAUAUGGGAAUUUCUGAAUUUCACUGAACGCCAUCCCAGUAUUCUCUACAAGAUACUUCUGUUUAGUUUAACUAGUGCUCUGGGCCAGAGUUUCAUCUUCAUGACUGUUGUUUACUUUGGACCCCUGACUUGUUCAAUCAUUACUACAACCAGAAAGUUCUUUACCAUCCUUGGUUCAGUGCUUAUUUUUGGUAAUCCCAUUACCUCAUUGCAAUGGGCGGGAACGGUUUUUGUAUUCUUAGGUCUUGGUUUAGAUGCAAAAUAUGGAAAAACAACCAAAAAAAAUCAAUAGAUACUGAAGAAAUUAUUCACUCGAAGAUUUUGAUCGCCAAAAAUGCUGCCUGAAUUAUGUUCAUUGACAUUUUUCAAAGUUACAUGCUCCAGUUGUAAAUUGGUUUAAAUAUUUAGCUCGUUUUACUUUUUAAAAUAAGCAUUUACUGACAAGCUCCAUGUGUCUGUUUAUUUCAUGAUGUUGCACUUCAUGCAAUACAAAACGUGGUGUGAGGCUCCGUUAGUGCUAUCAUCAGAACUUUAGAACUAGUUAUUCUACAAAUUUUGUCUGAUUCAUAACUGAGAAAAAAACAAAUUUCUAAACUGACAUUGUUAAAUUUUGAAGUGUAAAAAUAAAACUACAGAUGCUGGAAUUCUGGAAAUGGCCUCAAAAUGGCCAACAGGUCACAGAGUAUCUGCAGAGAGAGAGAGAGAGAGAGAGGUACAAUUUCAGGGCAAUAACUUGGUGAAAGGUCAUCCUGAAAUAUUAACUCAGUUUCUCUCUUCAUGGAUAUUAUUGUAUUUGCUAAGGUUUCCCAGCAUAUUCUGCAAUUGUGUAUAUAGUCCACAUACAAUCAUUUUACUGAGAUUAGUUUUUUUUAAUAGUCCUUUGAAAAUAAGUCAGAAACGGCUCUUGGGUUUUAAAAUUACAUUUAUAUACUUCCAUAAGAAAUAAUGAUUCUGCACAAUGUAUAUAUGAAAAAUUAUAGUUCAAACUAAUUAUUUAAAUGCCUUUUUUUUAACAGUCUUUAAAUGUUUAUUUCAAUGUAACGCCCAAGUAUUUUAACAGCUUCAAUCUUAAAAAAAGAUUUGCCAAAAUCUAAUAAGGGGUAACACAAUUAAGAACUGUUAGAUUAAAAUACAAUCACCCAAUUGAAAAAAGAAUUGAUAUACAUUUCUCAAAGUGUUCAUGUUAUUUAGAUAACUUAUCUCUCCUCUGAUGUACAAGUAGUUGUAAAUUGCUAUGUGACUCUAAAUAUGAGCAUAGAUGAGCAGAUCUAUCAUAUAUGAACAUGUUUAUCAUGUAUUCUUAAAUGCACUAUAUGCAAAAUGAUCUUCAGUUUUAGCUACUGUGUUGGUGAAUGGAAGUACAGUACAUGUUAGGAAAUUAGUCUGUUAUUAUAUUUAAUUCAGGUCAUCCCAUGUUAGUGAGCCAUCUUUUCUUUGCCCACUUCCCACUUGACUUACGGAAGUAUUACAAAAGCAAUUUAAUAUCUAUUUUCAAAAUAAAAACUUAAAAUUAGUGCAUCUGUUGCAAUCUACUGUGUACAUUGUGGAAAGAAGGAACUGCAGAUGCUGGUUUACAAAAAAAAGACAAAGUGCUGAGGUAACUCAAUGGGUCAGGCACUAUCCCUGGAGAAUAUGGGUUGGGACCCUUCUCAGACAUGAGUUUAAUUGUUUGUAUCAUUGAAAAUACACAAGUAACUUGGUUUCUUAUUGUUAGGUUAUGCUUACAGAAUACUUGCAAUGUAGCUUUUAGUAUGGAAACUAAAUUGCUGCCCAAUGUUGAAUAUGGAUUUGUUUCAUGCUGUGGUGUCCACUUUGGCUUCAUCCUCCAUGUGAACAGCAGCACUAAUCCAAUGUAUCCAAAUUAAUUCUGGGAACUGCAGAUAAAUAAAGUGAAAGCUUUUCAUGAAAAAGAAUUGUAGCAGCAACUGACUCAAAAUCACUCUCAGGUAGCAUUCCGACUUUGAAAUAAGGGAUACACUGAAUCAAUAUUUUCUUUUAACAGCAUUUUUGCCUUGUGUCAGAAGAUGUAACUAAUUUAUGAUUCACCAAGUACCUACUGAAGUGGAAUUAUAUUCUGCUGUUUUUUUAAUUCCUAGAAACAAAUGAUUGAAGCACUUUUGGUUUAUGGUAUUUUUAAGUCACUGAUGUAAGUAGCUGCGGUUAAAAUUGCAUUAAUUUUAUAUUUUAAUUUGGCAUGAGCUGUAUUGAAUCCAAUGUUUUCUGGCAGUUUUAGUGAUGCAGCAUGUUUAAAAUCAAAAUAUAUUGGCAUUUUGUGUUUUGGGGUCUCAGUCUAACAAAUAAACUGAUUUAGAUAAGAGA